AUGGGCUCCGUGGGCAGCCAGCGCCUCAAGGAGCCCAGCGCGGCGGGCACGCCAGACAGCAGCGUGGUGAUGAGCUUCAGCUUCGACGGCUGCCGGCCCGAGGAGGAGGCGGUGGGGACGGCUCAGGGCCAGGGCAGCGUGGCCGGGGGCGUCCCGGGUUUCACGGACUCUGCGGUCGAGGAGCCGGUGCCCGAUGACCGCUACCACGCCAUCUACUUUGCGAUGCUGCUGGCCGGCGUGGGCUUCCUGCUCCCGUACAACAGCUUCAUCACCGACGUGGACUAUCUGCACCACAAGUACCCAGGGACCUCCAUCGUGUUCGACAUGAGCCUCACCUACAUCCUGGUGGCGCUGGUGGCUGUGCUCCUGAACAACGCGCUGGUGGAGAGACUGAGCCUGCACACGAGGAUCACCGCGGGCUACCUCUUGGCCUUGGGCCCUCUCCUCUUUAUCAGCAUCUGUGACGUCUGGCUACAGCUCUUCUCUCGUGACCAGGCUUACGCCAUCAACCUGGCCGCUGUAGGCACUGUGGCCUUAGGCUGCACAGUGCAGCAAUCCAGCUUCUAUGGGUACACGGGGAUGCUGCCCAAGAGAUACACCCAGGGCGUGAUGACCGGGGAGAGCACGGCGGGCGUGAUGGUGUCCCUGAGCCGCAUCCUCACCAAGCUGCUGCUGCCGGACGAGCGGGCCAGCACGCUCAUCUUCUUCCUGGUGUCCGCGGGCCUGGAGCUGCUCUGCUUCCUGCUGCACCUGCUGGUGCGGCGCAGCCGUUUCGUGCUCUCCCACACCGCGCGGCCCCGAGACAGCCGUCCGGGCUGCAGAGCCGGCUACCGCGUGCACCACGACGUCGCCGCGGGGGACAUCCACUUUGAGCACCAAGGCCCAGGCCUGGCCAACGGCGGGUCCCCGAAGGACAGCCCAGCCCACGAGGUGACCGGCGGCGGCGGGGGCGCCUACACGCGCUUUGACGUGCCUCAGCCUAGAGUGACGCGGAGCUGGCCCUCCUUCAGAGCCCUGCUGCUGCACCGCUAUGCUGUGGCCCGCGCCAUCUGGGCCGACAUGCUCUCCAUCGCCGUGACCUACUUCAUCACGCUGUGCCUGUUCCCGGGUCUCGAGUCCGAGGUCCGCCACUGCGUCCUGGGCGAGUGGCUGCCCAUCCUCAUCAUGGCCGUGUUCAACCUCUCCGACUUCGUGGGCAAGAUCCUGGCGGCUCUGCCCGUGGACUGGCGGGGCACCCACCUGCUGGCCUGCUCCUGCCUGCGCGUGGUCUUCAUUCCCCUCUUCAUCUUGUGCGUCUACCCCAGCGGCACGCCCGCCCUGCGCCACCCGGCCUGGCCCUGCGUCUUCUCUCUGCUCAUGGGCAUCAGCAACGGCUACUUUGGCAGCGUGCCCAUGAUCCUGGCGGCGGGCAAAGUGAGCCCCAAGCAACGUGAGCUGGCAGGGAACACCAUGACCGUGUCCUACAUGACGGGGCUGACGCUGGGCUCCGCCGUGGCCUACUGCACCUACAGCCUCACCCGGGACGCCCCCAGCAGCUGUUUCCACACGUCCACCAACUCCUCCUUCCCCACUGGCCUCUGA